CAGACUUCAUCUGGAUCCUGUGCAGCUAACACAUUCCUCCAUCUCCCUCCUGUCUGGCAGCAGGACCUGGGAGCACCAUGAAGAUCUUGCAGGGAAACCUCCCGGUAACCUUGCUGCAUCUAUUCCUCUUGGUUGGGGGUGGCCUGGCACAGCAGGAUCCUAUUAAGAGGCCUCCUGAAGGUGGUACAGGAUCAGGGUCAACUCAAAUCAUCAUUCCUGGACCUAAUAAAGUGUCUGCUUUUCAAGACUGUCCUGUGGAUCUCUUCUUUGUGUUGGACACAUCAGAAAGUGUGGCCCUCCGCGUGAAGCCUUUUGGAAACCUGGUGGAUCAGCUCAUCGAAUUUACCAGUGCAUUCAUUGACAAAUUGACUUCCAGGUAUUAUCGGUGCGACCGUAACCUUGCGUGGAAUGCUGGAGCCCUGCACUACAGUGAUGAGGUGAUCCUAAUUCAGGGUCUGACAAGUAUGGUUAAUGGACAAGCCCUCAUGAAGGAAAAGUUGAAAGGGGUCACCUACAUUGGAAAAGGAACACACACUGACUGCGCCAUCAAAAGGGGUAUCGAGGAGAUCCUGAUUGGAGGAUCCCAUCAGAGGGAGAACAAAUACUUGAUUGUGGUAACAGAUGGCCAUCCUCUGGAGGGCUACAAGGAGCCAUGUGGAGGGCUAGAAGAUGCAGCUAAUGAAGCCAAACAACUGGGUCUCAAAGUAUUUUCAGUGGCCAUUUCACCAAACCAUCUGGAACCACGCCUGAGUGUCAUUGCCACAGAUCAAAAUUACAGGCAGAACUUCACAGCUACCAGUUCCACUGGUCUGUCUGCUCAGGACAUAGAGAAUACUAUUGACACCAUCAUAGAAACCAUAAAAGCACAUGCUGAGCAAGGGUGUUGUUCCUAUGAGUGUCAGCCUCCCCAAGGCACAAUUGGACCACCAGGUCCUGCAGGUUACGAGGGAGAGAUCGGAAAGACUGGACUUCCUGGAGAACGUGGACAACCUGGUGAUCCAGGCAGACCAGGAGACAUUGGACCUGUGGGUUAUCAAGGAAUGAAGGGUGAUCGAGGUUCCAGAGGAGAAAAGGGUGGAAGAGGAGCAAAGGGAGCAAAAGGAGACAAAGGAAAGAAAGGAAUUGAUGGAAUUGAUGGACAAAAGGGAGAAGAUGGAUUCCCUGGACUUUCUGGGUGCAAAGGAUCCCCAGGAUUUGAGGGAGAAUCUGGUGCUUUGGGACCCAAAGGAGACCCUGGAUCAUAUGGACCAAAGGGAGAGAAGGGAUCAGGUGGACAGCCUGGAAGUCCUGGGAGAUCUGGGAGCAGUGGCAAUACUGGAGAAAAGGGAGAUCCAGGAGCUAAUGGCUCACAAGGAGAAAAAGGGGAGUCUGGCGAUGAGGGUAAUGCUGGACAAGAUGGGCCAUCAGGAGAUAGGGGUGGGCCUGGAGAGAGAGGGCCUCCUGGCAUAUCUGGUGCGCGUGGACCCAGAGGAGAUAAUGGAGAACCAGGACAGCAAGGAGAUCAAGGAAGAGAUGGUCCAGUUGGUCUAUCGGGGGAUCCAGGUGAACCAGGUCCAGAGGGACCAAAAGGAUACAGAGGGGAUGAAGGAAUUGCAGGACCUGAGGGACCAAAAGGACCAAGAGGAGCAAAAGGAUUGCCUGGAGAGCAGGGGCUGGCUGGAGAGAGGGGUGAUGACGGUUACCCAGGCAAUGGUACCGAUGGAUUUCCAGGAUUCCAAGGAUAUCCAGGAGCCCGUGGAGAGCGUGGAGCUAAUGGAACUAAAGGAUAUCUUGGACCAAAGGGAGAUGAAGGAGAACCUGGUGACCCAGGAGAUGAUAACAAUGUUCCAGGGCCCGGAGGUGCCAAGGGAGCAAAGGGCUAUAGGGGCCAAGAAGGACCACUGGGACCCCAAGGACCUCCAGGACCACCUGGCCCUGAUGAAUGUGAAAUUCUGGACAUUAUAAUGAGAAUGUGCUCUUGCUGUGAAUGCACUUGUGGUCCAGUGGAUAUUCUGUUCGUGGUUGAUAGCUCUGAGAGUAUCGGACUUUCCAACUUUCAGAUUUCAAAAGAAUUCAUUAUCAAGGUCAUUGAUCGAUUGAGCCGAGACGAACAUGUCAAGUUUGACACCGGAGGUUCCAGUGUUGGAGUACUACAGUACAGUCAUGGGAACACCCAGGAAUCUGUUGUCAUGGGAGAUGCAAACAUUCAGUCUAUAGGCCAGUUAAAGGAGGCUGUCAAGAAUCUAGGCUGGAUUGCAGGAGGUACAUGGACAGGAGAAGCUCUAGCUGUCACUAGGGAUAAAAUUUUGAGCCGCUUCAAGACUGAUAAGAGAGUGGCUCUGGUGCUAACUGACGGACACUCCGACAUCCUGAGGGACAAGACUCCACUCAACUCACUGUGUGAAGGCAACGUCCAGGUGGUCUCUCUGGGCGUGGGAGACAUCUUCCAGUCCCCUCCAAACCCAGAUCAACUGCAAGAGAUUGCUUGUGGGGGGACGACAUACACACAGGGAUUGUCUCUGCAAAGAGACAGCUAUGCAGAACUGCUAGAUGACCGCUUCCUAGAGAAUGUGACUGCUCACAUCUGCAAAGACAAAAAGUGCCCGGAUUUUACCUGCCCCAUCUCAUUUACAGCGCCAGCUGACAUCACAUUGCUUGUUGACAGUUCUACUAGUGUUGGAAGUCGAAAUUUUCAGACAACUAAGAACUUUGUAAAGUUAGUGGCACAACGUUUCCUUGGUGUAAAAGAGCCUACACCAGAGCCUGUACGCCUCUCAGUGGUGCAAUAUAGUGGCCGUGGCCAGCAGAAGGUGGAGGUGAUGUUUGAGUCCAAUUACACAGUGGUGGCAAAUGCAGUGGAAAACAUGCAGUUUUUGAAUGAUGCAACAGAUGUUGGAGCAGCACUUCGAGCAAUUACAGAAUUGUACCGUGAAGAUGUUAAAGCAGGAGCUAGCAAAAAGUUGCUAAUUUUCUCUGAUGGAAAUACACAGGCAGAAGAUACACUUCUGGAGGCUGUACGUGAAGCUCGGGGCACUGGUAUCGAAAUCUACAUAAUUGCUGUAGGGAGCCGACCUAAUGAGAACAAUUUGCAAGUCCUGUUGACAGGUUCUGCUGCAGUGCCUGAUGCCCCCUUCCCUGACAGGAAUCUGUUUAGAAUCUCUGAUUACCCUUCAUUGCUACGAGGUGUCUUGUAUCAGACCAUUACAAGACGGGUUUCCCUCAAUCCCUCACAAUAGGGGUAAAGUGGGCCAUUGGAUAUGUACCCACUACACUCUGAGCCUGAUCUUGUACCUCCAGAUUGCCAUUGCAACAUUCUCCAUCACAUCUGGGUAUAAUUGGGGGUACAAGCAGUAUUAAUAUGAAUACAGCCCUAGCCAUGAUUUGAUAGCCACUUACAUUUUUAAAUUGACUCAUAAGCAAACGUAGUGGGCUAAGCGACUUUAAAAUCAGGUAUUCUUUUGCAACUCUUUCAAUGAAAUAUCAAACCUCAGAAAACAUGAUGUAGGAGCUGGGUGAUGUGAUUUAUGCGGUGAUGCUGACACAUGUACAUUUUAGCUUCUAUAUACCAAAAUAUUCACAUUGAGUAUUAGGUUAUUGCACAUUACUAUUUUUGGAUCUGUUUAUCAUUUUUAUGAUAUGACAAGAGUUUUCCACAAACUAAUCAAACAUUAUUAUUAUUGUCUGUUUAGUGACCCCAUAAGGACCAUAUAUAUUUGGCAUUACCCUAUGCCCUAUCUAUUAGAAGCAUCCUUAGCCCUUAUGAGACUCACUAAACUGAUUCAAUAUUUCUUCAACAUGAGUCACAAAUAUUUGAUUAUUAAGUGAAGUUAGGCGGUAUUCAGAAUGUUCAUCUCAGUGACAGCUAAAGUGGAUCCAUAAAAGGUUUAAAGUGUAAAUCAUGUUGGAGUGUGUACAUACCUACACUAAUUCACACAGUUAAAUAGAGGUUUAAGAGUCUUGCCAAGUGGUGCCCAUUCUUUCUUCUAGUGGUUCAUUAUCUAGAAAACUCAUCAGACCUAAAAUAAAAAACCCUAGCCCUACCAGUCUUAACUUGUGGGAUUUACAAAUACAAAUACCUGAUAAUAACAAUAAUAAUACUCAAAAUUGGCUUUGCCCUCUAGGAGAAGGAAAAUCUUAAUUGGGACCACAUAAGGUAUGGGAGCAGAGUCUGUUCAGCAGAGGAAGGGACAAAGUAGACACAAAGAAAGUAAAGUGUGUUCAUAAUAAAUAAUACAUAUUUGUACCAUGGUCCUUUCUUUACUAAAUUGUGGGCUGAAAAGUUGAAUCAAAGCAACUGUAAGAUCAUUUAAUGACAACCAUAGGCCAAUUUUAUAGCAACACACUCUACAGCAAACUAAAACCUGUGAGAUUUAGGGAGCUCCAAGCUUCAUUGACAGAUGUUAAAAGAUCCCACAGUAUAAUUGGCUCUAUCAAUGUGUUUGCUUUUUUUAUAUUUUGUACAAAACAACUAAGAUGUAUAGAGCCUGGUCAGGGAGUAAUGAAUCUGACAGAUAAAGUCUUUGUGGUCAGCGUAGUCAUGUCAUGUUUUCACAUACUAAGUAUAGAGACAGUUGGGGGAGGGGCCUAUAUGUUUUUUUGGUGCUAUAUUCUGGGUAAGAGGAGGUCACAUUAUAUUUCCUAACCCAGGGGGUAUCAGGUGCUGGUUUUGUGGCAUGGUGCUUGGUGGGUAAUGUCAGUGAAUUGCUUUGUCCAUGCUCCUGUUAUUGAAUUUACUCAGAAACCUAACAAUGAAUAAAGGAAUCCUGACCACUCUGA